CGCCCCGUGGCUGGUGAGCUCCACUCCCACUUCCUGAGCCUGGCCGCUGGAGCCCUGGAGGCCAGGCCAGGCCCGGCCGCUCUGGCCCCCGGGGGGACACCAGCCUGAGUCCUGUCCCAGCCCCUGGGCUCCAGAGGCUGCUGCCACCACUGCCCAGGAGGUCCAGGCCUCCCAUCUUACUCCUAGGCCCUCCACCCAUCUGGUCGACUGGCCGCCAUGCGCCGGCCUUGGGCCGCCUCCCACUGUGGCCUGGCCUGGGGGCCACUCAUACUAGGCCUCUUCAGUCUCCUGGCAGCAUCCCAGCCCCGACUGGUGCCCCCAUACUACAUGGAGAACCAAACCUGCCGGGACCAGGAAAAGGAGUACUACGAACCCAAGCACCAGGCCUGCUGCUCCCGCUGCCCCCCAGGCACUCAUGUCUCAGCUGAAUGUGGCCACGGCCAGGACACAGUUUGUGCCACGUGCCCUGAAAAUUCCUACAACGAGCACUGGAACCAUCUCCUCUCCUGCCAGCUGUGCCGCCCCUGUGACCAGGUGCUGGGCUUCGAGGAGACUGCACCUUGCACUAGCAAACAGAAAACCCAGUGCCACUGCCAGCCAGGAAUGUUCUGCAGCCUUUGGGACAGGGAGUGUAUACACUGCGAGCCACUCUCUGACUGUCCACCGGGCACUGAAGCUGAGCUCAGAGGUCAGAGGUCACCAAGGACAAAAGGUGAAGUUGGGGAGGCUAGAAACAACUGCGUACCCUGCAAAAAAGGGCACUUCCAGAACACCUCCUCCCCCAGCGCCCGCUGCCAGCCCCACACCAGGUGUGAAGACCAGGGCCUGGUAGAGACAGCGCCAGGUACCAACCAGUCUGAUACCAGAUGCAGAGAUCCAUCAGAGACCCCCGAGAUGCCAGGAACCUUGCUGGUACUGGCCAUCGUGCUGCCGCUGGUCUUCUUGCUGCUCAUCGCCUUCACCCUCGCCUGCACCUGGAAGAGCCACCCCUCCCUCUGCAGAAAGCUGGGAUUCCUGCUCAAGAGGCGUCCAGAGGGAGAGGAAUCCAAUAUUACUGAUGGAAACUGGGAGCCUCCAAGUGUCAACCCACAUUUUCCUGACCUCGUAAAGCCACUUCUGCCCAUCCCUGGAGACUUACCUCCAGCCCCGGCCUGGCCCCCAACGACCCCAGCUUUGGAGGAAGAUGCUGUACAGCAACAGAGUCCUCUGAGCCAGGCCAGGAAGCUGGAGGCUGAGCUACCAGACCAUGGCCAGAAGGCCCACGGUACCAAUGGUAUUCAUGUCACCGGCGGGUCUGUGACUGUCACUGGCAACAUCUACAUCUACAAUGGGCCAGUACUGGGAGGAGCACGGGGCCCUGGGGACCCCCCUGCUCCCCAAGAGCCUCCGUACCCCAUCCCUGAAGAGGGUACCCCUGGUCCUCCUGGGCUCUCUACACCCUACCAGGAAGAUGGCAAAGCGUGGCACCUAGCCGAGACAGAGACACUGGGGUGCCAUGCCCUCUAACAGGGCCAAGGACCCAAUUUGUCACCCAUGCUUCAUGGUGUCUGUAAGAAGCCAGAAGAAGGGAGGCAUAAGAGCACCUCCUCACGGUGGCUGCCCUACCCACGGAUUGACAGAGGGCCUGGGUGGAGCCCCUGAGAGGCAAACCCCAAGGGGCUGGGCCUCAGACACAUCCUAGAGAGCGGGCCGGGCACUGGCUGGGUACAGUGCUCACCACAGGACUCUCACCACCGCCUGAGCAGGCCUGGGACUUCACUGCAGACCCUCCCGCUCACCGGGGCUGCACCAGCUCAGCUUCAGGCACAGACAGAGCACAUGGUGCCUGCUGCUGCCCAUCCUGGCACUCUGCACUCAGAGCAUGGCACAGAAGGGGGCCAGCCAUGCGGUCACUUGCAAGGACAUCACUGGGACCUCUAACAGAUUCGUGGUGCUCAUCCCCAAGCUUCAGAGGCGCUUCGAGGGCCCACACUUCACACGGACUGAGGUAGACCCUGUAUGAGGAUGCAGUUACAUGGAGGAUCACCCCUCCCCGCCCAGAAAAGAAAGGGAGUCGUUAAAAACUGUGGUUUGGGGUAGGGUUUCUAGGUGAAGGGAGAGGAGUUUCAGAGGGGGAAGAAAAUGGCAAAUGUAUUUAUAAAUUGUAACCACAUGCAAAUAAAGUGGAGAUUGAGACCUAGA